AGCAAGGGGUGGUGGCGCAGUUGGCUAGCGCGUAGGUCUCAUAGCUUAGAGUAAUCCUGAGGUCGAGAGUUCGAGCCUCUCUCACCCCAAAUCUUUUUUAUAUUUAUGUUUUUUUAAUCAUACCGAUAAUCAAAAGUCCCUCUGUCUUAUUUUUUGUGUUAAUUAUUGGCUGGAAGUGAUAAGGGCCUCUAGGGUUUCAAAUCGAGCGGUUCGAUCAGGAUCUCCAUCGACGCUACACUGUUAGAAGCUCGCCUGGACUCUCUUCAAGCGGUUUAUGUACGAGGUCCUUGAAGGGGAAUAUAAAUGCUUGCGGUGAUAUUUGAGUAUCGUUGUGUAAUGGCUUAAUUGAUAUUGCGCACUAGUAAACUCACAUUGAUAUGAUAAGGAACGAUGUUAUGAAGGAGAACUGCGUGAUGAAGAUGCGCAAAGCUGAUCAGACAGAUUGGUCGCUGGAUGUAAUCCUGUUGCAAGAGAACAUUAUUAAACAAGAUUUGUAUUCUCUUCUGAAGUCUAGUGGGACAUAAAUUACUGUUGUAGCAGGGGAAAUUGUGGCUGAUAAUCUGGAAUAGUAGCAUUGGCUAUAAAGCAGUAGAAUUUCAAUGGAUGCCAUCAAUAGAUAUAAUUCUUCUCCAACUCAACCCAAAUGGAGAAAGGUGGCAUAUGGAGGAAUGCAACCUGGAUAUGACGACAACCACACUGAUGAGACGUUUUUGGAAGACAUGGUCAUGAAUGCCAACGUUGUUAAAAGGGAUAUGCUUAAAGUUAUGCAAGAUUCGGUUUCGAUAGCUGAAUACCUGUGCAUUGUUGCCCUCGUCGUCUUAGUUUGGACCUAUACACUUGGAUUAACUCUUAACGAAAGAUCCCUCCUGCUUAUUGAUGUAGGGCUUCUUGGAUCAGGUUUCUCUGUUCUGCUUCUGACUGAAGAAAUGCUUUCCCUCAGUCUGCUCUUCCAUUAUUUCCUAAACAUCUCAUUUUUCAUUACUGGUUUAUAUGUUUUGGCUCCCAUUUAUCAAACCCUAACGAGGUCUAUCAGCUCGGACUCUAUUUUGGCAGUAACUAUUUCACUUCUUAUACUCCAUCUCUUCCUCCAUGACUACUCUGGAUCCACUAUAAGGGCCCCGGGGGCUCAUAAAAAUCCAAGCUUGACCAGCUGUAUUUCCUUAAACGCUUCCAUCGUUGCUUCAGUUUUCACCGCAUCUCGCCUCCCGACAAGCCUGCAUGUUUUCGCCAUCAUGUUAUUCUCCUUGCAGGUGUUCCUCUUUGCUCCAUUGGUCACAUACUGUGUAAAGAAAUACUCCUUCCGCUUGCACCUAAUAUUUUCCUUUGGGUUGAUGGUUGUCACCUUGGCUUUAGUUUACAUGCUUCACAGGUUAGUUUUUGUGAUGUUGUUAGGCUUAUUGGUUUUUGUGACUGUUGUGUGCCCAUAUUGGCUCAUACGGAUUCACGGAUACAAGUUUGAGAUCAAUGGCCCUUGGGAUGAGGCUAAGCUUUGUUUUGAUAUAGCAGAUUAAGAUAACUGAUCCCAAACAUUUUUGUGUGAUGGAAGUUAGUAAAACGAUUGGAGCUA